AUGCAAACUGAGCUGAACAUCCAAGCUAACAGGCUGCUUAUAGCGCGAACGUGUGAGGCGCUGCAUGAUCUGGGUGUGAAUAUCGACGGUGUCAUGGGCAACGCUGAGGACAUGUGCCACAUCGUUCUCGACCUCGAAGACACGCCUAUGACGCAGGAAAUGGCAGAAACUGGCCAAGCGCGCUGUUAUGUGGUAGAUUUCUCACGCGCAACGCAACACAAAUGCAGACGCACGCUACCACUCGUCGUUCUUGGCAUGGACGCGUUCGGCCUUUUCAAGGAAACGCUGACGUUGAAUUUCGGCUGCCGCGAGCUCAAGAACCUUGCCUGUUUGCUUGACCUGAUGCCUAUCCCUGGCUUACACCCUCCAUCCGAGCCACCAGAGACGCCCCUCGCAGAGGCGAUAAAGUGUCAUGACGACUACGCUGCUGCCCACCCCUCGUACUCCAAUGCGGCCGUCCUCACUGCCCAACGUGUCGCUCUCUUCCCCAGCGCUUUCCCCGUUUAUCCCGGUCUCAAAGUUUCGGGUGUCUCGAAAGAGGACAUCCAUGCCGAGCUCACUUUGUAUGACCGCGGGCGAGGAUUCAUUCGUCCUGCCGACCUAAUCAACCAUUGCUUGCGCGAUGAGUACGAGUAUCUUUUAUGGGGCGACAGGAUGGAAGCAAAGCUUGCGGCCUUGAAUUCACAACCUCCGCAAAUAUUUUGA